ACAGCCACUGUGCUGUCAGGAGCGGCACCCCGCUGAGCCGGACCGGACCCUGUCUGCUGUUUCUACCUUUGGGCCGCUGGUCUCCGCGUGAAUGCUGAAGUCUGCUCUGGACCCUCAGAAGGGAGGAGGGGAAGUCUUGACCAUGUGGGUCCCGACCCCCAGCAUGACUCUCCCCCAGCGCUUGGUUCUGUACGGGACAUGCCUGCUGGCCCUGGCCAACUCUAUGGGUCUGCUGGUUCUGCUGGUCCAGCAGAAGCAGCAGCAGCUGAGCCUGCAGCAGACAGACACCAGACUGAGCCAGGUGGAGCAGAGCUCGGUGGUAGAGUUUCUCCAGGAGGUCCCCAGGCAGGCAGGCCUGAGGGCCAGGGCAGAGGAACCGGGACAAUCCCAGUACCAGUACUCCAGGAACAAGAGGAGCCAGGAGAUGGAGCUGGAGAUGGAGAUGGAUCGAGGGCAGCAGACGAGGGAGGUGGACCCAGAGGAGCUGUACCAGCAGGAGGUCAGCAAGGAGGUGGUGGAGGAGAAGCCGAGGAAGAUGAAGCACAAGCAUCUGCACAAGCAGGGCGUCCAGAAGAUCCACACUCAGGAGGACAUGAUGAUGAUGAUGACGUACUCUAUGGUGCCGAUCAAACUCUUGAUUGACAUCUGCAACAGCUCCAAGGGCGUCUGCAUCGCUGGACCCCCGGGACCCCCUGGUCUGCCCGGAGCGGACGGCCUGCCGGGCUACAAUGGGACCGAUGGUCUCCCUGGGCUGAAUGGAGUGCCGGGGGCCGACGGCAAGAGAGGGAGAAGAGGAGAGAAGGGAGAGCCAGGUGUCCAGGGGGAGCCGGGCCCCCCGGGGGAGAGUUCGCAGUCCAAUGAUGUCAUCGUCGAGGGUCCACCGGGACCUCCUGGACCCCCUGGUCCUCCUGGUGCCAUGGGUCCUCCAGGGCCUCAGGGGCCUCCCAGGUUAAGGCACAGCAGAGCACACCUGCAGGCAGCAGAGUCUCUUGCUCUUCACGGCAUACCGAACGACGACACCUUGAAGGACACCGGCAGGCCGAGCGAAAAGCCGCUGAAGAAAAACGAGUGCCUGAUCAAGUCUCUCACCGACCCCAGAGAUGUGGUGAAGAUGGAGAGCACUUACGGAGCCUGGAUGAAGGACACGGCGCUGAGCAGUGACCAGACAGUCUGGGUGGCGGAACACUUCUCCGGUCGGGUGGUGAAGGAGUACCGGAGCGUCGCCUCCUUCCUGAACAGCAGCAGCCACACUGUGGACGUGAGGAAGUUCUACCACGGCUGCGGACACGUCGUCCACAACGGCUCCUUCUACUACCACAUCGCUGGAACUUCUCUGCUCGCCAAGUUUGACUUUGCCACUAAGAAGCUCCAGACUCUGGCGGUGGACUACGCCCUGCACCACAACCUGGAUUACCUGCUCCAAAACUCCAAGACCUACUUCAAGGUGGCGGCGGACGAGAGCGGCCUGUGGCUGAUCUUUGCCUCCAGCCUGGACCAGAGCAUCACCGUGGCCCAGCUGGACCAGAAGAGCUUCUCCAUCACCUCCUACAUCAACACCACCUACCCUCGCACCAAGGCGGGCAACGCCUUCAUCGCCUGCGGGGUUCUCUACGUCACCGACACCAGAGACACCAGGGUGACCUUCGCGUUCGACCUUCUGAAGGGGAAGCCGGUCAACAUGACGUUCGACGUCAGGUCUCCCGGCGGAGUGCUGGCCAUGCUGUCCUACAGUCCCAAGGACCGACAGCUGUACGUGUGGGACCAGGGGAAGGUCCGGGUCCACGAGGUCCACUUCAUCUCUGACGAGUGAGACCACGCUAGCUCACCGCCGCCGCCGACCUGGACCAUCACUGUCUGAUGAACUCCUCUUUUUCAUUUAUUUAUUUGUAUUCAGUCUGAUCUUUAUGUCACAUAUAAGUAUGUAUUUAACAAAGAUUCUGAGUCUGGCCUCCAACUUUCACAUGGCAAUAGACAUCUGUAACUUAACAAGUCAAACUUGUGAUGCGACUAAUGUCCUCCCCGAUCUGACUGUCUUUCAACAGUCAGAUACAUUGUGAUGCAUAUUCUGGCUUCAGAAAUAUGAGGCUCAGUUCAAGCCGACUGGGCUGCAUGUCAGACUGGGGCUGCGUUUUCCAUGACUGAGUUAUGUGGAAAAAUACCUAAAGAUGAAAAAGUAUUCAGACGUUCUUUGUUACUGCUGGGUAUAUAAAACCGGUUUGCUUUAAAGGAAACAGACUGUGUGUUCGUAUUUGUCUGAAAAUAAAUGUCACUCUGUCCAAUAACAGUUCACAGCAAAACAGCUUGGGGCAACACAGCUAGCACCAAAGACUUAGAGCAAGUCUGGCUCUUUCUUAUUAAGGGUUUCUUCCCUCCGUCCCAAAACAUACCCACGUAAUUUCAUGACUGGAAACUGUCCGUAGGUGUGAGGGACUGAGACAGUCUCCUGCAACUAGUUCUUCGUGGACAAUAGAAGCUGAGGAGACGCCGGGUUGAUGUGGGCAAAACUUUAGGGAAAGAAUUUGUUGUUUUUCCCGAUGUGAGCGAAAGCUUUAUUGUGUUGUGUAUUAGAGAUGGAACUACACAACUUUGCAAGAGCGUUUCCGACAGAGUGAUAUGUGUGUGUUGCUGCUGUACCUCCUGCUCCAGGCACCUGUGAACCUCUGAUGUACUUGCAUGGCCAUGGAAUGUGUCUUUGUCUACACUCAUAGUCCUGUAGAGAAGCAGCAUGGAACUUUAUUGACAGCAACAAGAACUCAAAAGCAGUGUCCGAGCACCUGAUGAAAUAAAAACAAUUUAUUCACUUUACAAAGGUAAAACUGGCCAUGACCUGUUCUGUUCUUGCACAUCUUCAGGCUCAAGUGCCCUGGUAAGAGUCGACCCGUGAUAUUGGCCCCUGGUGCCAAACAUGCGCACGCUCACACACCAGACACCAGCAGGACCUCUGAGGAUACACUAGAUACACAUACAGUACACAUGGAGGGCA